AUGAGUUAUAAUUUUACAUUUUCUGGGCGUGAAUCCAUUUUACAAUUAAAACUGUAUCCACCGAUAAUUCUAAACGACGAUGAACAAUAUGAAUUGGGUUUAAUUAAUUUAGCCACCUAUCACACAAUUGCAAAUGUUGAUGAAACAAACAACUUGUUUCAUUUUGAAAAUAAAGUAUUUGAGAUACCAGUAGGAACGUAUGAAGUUGAAGAUUUGGCUACUUUUCUACAUGAGCACGUUUCCAAGGAAAUUGAGUACCAUAGUUAUUUACCUUAUGCAAAUUCAAGUUUGAAUAAAUCAGAUGAGGUGCGUAUCCCGAUACAAACUCAAAAUGUCUACACCUACCCGGCUGAAAGUUUCCUUGAAUUGGAAGGGGUCGUACUCGAUGAACAAAAUAAGGCUAGUGGUACAAUUCAACUAACCAAUAUGGCUCUAAUGUUUUUAUUCGAUGAAAUAAGAUAUGAAAUAGCUGGAGUGGUGGUUGAUAGAGUUCGAAACCCUGGUUUAACGUCUCUUAUGAAAGGUUACGUUAGUUUUACCAAUCAGGAUUGCACACGAUAUCAAAAUGCAGGUUGGAAUCAUUUGGAUUAUGUGAAAAUUGUACAUCAAGGUGAUGGGCAUUUCAACGCUUGCAUACCGUUAAAAAUUCUAAUGGGUGUAUUUGAGGACUUUCGUAAGGUUGUUGUAAAUGUACGACAAGAGCUGACAUUAAUCAGAAGUUUUACCGAUAACAAUUCAGUUUUCACCACAAAAGCAGGAGAAAAGCCACAAAUACGUCUAGAUAAAAUUGUGUGGAAAGUUGAACAUGUCCAAGUGGAUGAUCAAACCAAAUUACAAUUGUUAUCAGUCAUUGAAAAGGGUAGAGACCUGACUAUGUCGUUUCGUGGAUGGGAACUUCAUGAAUACCCACUUUUAAAUCAAACAAAACAACACACUUGGAACGUAAAGGCUGUUAAUCAAUUGGAAAAACCUCGCUACAUAAUAUUUGGAUUCCAAACAAAUAGAAAAAAUCAACCAAAUAAGGAUUGCAGCAUGUUUGAUCACUGCCAAAUAAGAAACUUCAAAGUCCAUUUGAACUCUGAGGUUUACCCCUACGAUAAUUUAAACCUAAACUUUAGCAAACAACAGUAUGCCUUGUUGUAUGAAAUGUAUGCACGAUUUCAACAGUCCUACUACUACAAAGAUGUGGGUGAGCCUUGUUUCACAUUGGAGAAAUUUAUUGAAAGGGCUCCACUAAUUGUAAUCGAUUGUUGUUACCAAAUGGAUACCAUAAAAAAUGGUAGUGUCGACAUUCGUUUGGAGUGGGAGACUGAUCAAGAUGUUUCUGCAAUCACCAGUGCUUACCUGUUGAUUUUACACGAUAAAAAAGUUAAAUAUAAUCCACUUACCAGUACUGUAAAAAUUCUGUAA